AUGGCUGCUGCGGGGGGUCACAUCCAGAAUCUCCGUGAUGAAGCCACUUGCUCCAUCUGCCUGGAUUACUUCAAGGAUCCAGUGACCAUCCCGGAGUGUGGGCACAACUUCUGCCGAUCCUGCUUGAUCCAGUGCUGGGGGGAAUCGGAGGCAGAGGCUUCCUGCCCCCAGUGCAGAGAAAGAGUCCAGAGAAGGAACCUCGUCUCCAACCGGCAACUGGCUAAUAUGGUGGAAAUAGCCAAGAAUCUCAGCCUUCAAGAGGGAAAGGAGGAAGGAGGGAAAGGAGGAGUCUGUGAGAAGCACCAGGAGCCCCUGAAGCUCUUCUGCAAGGAGGAUGAAGCCCCCAUUUGCUUGGUGUGCGACAAAUCAAAGGGGCACAAAGAGCACGAGGUGAUUCCUCUGGAGGAGGCUUUCCAGGAAUACAAGGUAGGAGAUCCCUGGAUCUGGAGGGGGAGAAACAAAUAGCUGUGGAUUCUUCUUGGGAGGUUUGCUUUUGAAUUCUCAGGUCCAAAGUAGGCAUGGCAUGAAUUGGUGGUUGUUUAUUACCUUAGAAGCAGCCCAGGGGAAGCCUGAGGGCUCCUGGGAUGGCUGGAGGGGGGAGCUGAAGUCUUUCUCUCUGCCAGGGGGACAAAGGGAUCUUGAAAUACUCACAGCAGCUUCAAAGAUUUGAACUGGGACCUUGGCAGGGAGAGAAAGGGUUAACCUCAUCCACAUCCUCCAGAAAGAUUGCGAUGUACAUAUUUAGAACAGUAGAAAUGUAAAUGGCACAUACACAACUAAGUACAUGUCUCCUUUGGUUACCAGGAUUCCUGCUCAAUGCCCUGCAAAACAGAGAGCAGCAAGGGAUCAGCUGGGGGGGGGGACUGUUAGCUAGGAAUUGACCAGAUGGUGCAGGAUCCCACCCCCCAAGUAUCUGUUGGAAGCAGAUUGGGGAGUGGAAGCACCUACUGGUGGCUUAUUCUGGGGGUGCCGUGGAGCCUGUGCAAUGAGGUUUGGGGGGGGGGCUGAGGAUCUCCUUCCACCCCAAAUGGCAAAGGACUCCGUGGUUCAGAGUAGCAUCUGCAAGGACAAGGGGGCAAGGUGACUUUUUCAUGGCAACUCGAAUUGGACCUGUGCAAUUAGAUACUAUAAAUAAUGCCUUUUAAUCCCUUUUAAAAAAUCACUUGUUCUACUACAGUGGUGCAAAAAUGCUCCUGUGGCAUGCAAUGCCAAUAAUGCCACAAAACAGUAAUAAUAGAAGCUGGUCCCUUUGAAUUGGCGGGAGGACCAGACAGCAAUCUUCUGACCGAAGGAGCUACUUGGGUGGUUUCUGGCCGCAGCAAGAACUUCUUUGGCCCAGAAAUGGAAAAAGCUGCAGCACUUACCGUAUUUUUCGCUCCAUAGGACACCGUUUUUCCGUCUUAAAAACUAAGGGGAGAAGUCUGUGCAUCCUAUGGAGCGAAUGCAGGGAGGGAGGCAAGCAGGAAAAGCCCCCAAGAGCCCCACACACAAGCUUCGCGAGGCUCUUGCGGGCUUUUCCCCAGGAGGGAGAAGGGACUGACGUGGCGCAUCAGCCCCUUCUCCCUCCUCUAGAAAAGCCUUGCGCAACCUCUCCAGCCGGGGGGAGGCUGUGCAAGGCUAAAGAGGAAGCCAAGGCAGCAAGCAUGAUCCAUCCCGCUCACUGCCCGGGCUUCCUCUUUUGCCUUGCGCGCCUCUCCAGCCCCGGGAGGCUGCGCAAGGCUAAAGAAGCCAACUUUUUAAAAAUCUCUUUAUCUCUACCUCUUUUUUUUUUUCAUCCUUUCGCCACCCCCUUCUUUUCCUCUGGAUCAGUGUUUUUAUCUAGAUUAACAUUUUAGUUUGGAGGGGGGGAUAUUAUGAAAAAGGAAACUUUGCAGCUUUUAUUUUAGUAUACAAUAAAAACAGAUUAAACAAAACACAAAAGAAGGAAAUAGCAUAGAAGAAGAAGAGAAAAGGGAAAGAGGGGGGAUACAGAGCCAUUUACCAGAGGUAGAUCUUAACCCUUGCCUCACCUGGGAGCUUCUCUGGGCAGGAAUUCCCUCGGCUUAAGUGGGGUGGGGGAAGAGUGGCAGGUAAGGGGGUACCUACCUAGACACUGAAGCCACAUGUCUCUCCGAUGAAAAUUGGGAGUGGGCAUUGUGUGAAGUGGCUGUGGAUCUCCUGCCGCAGAAUUGUAGGACUGUAUAGAGUUGGGAGGGCCACCCGAGGGUCAUCUAGCCCAGCCCCCUCACAAUGUAGGAAUCACAGCUAAAGAACGCCAGGCAGAUGGUCCCCCAACCGCUGCUUAAAAGCCUCCAGUGGUGGAGACCCCAACACCUUCUGAGGUCGUAGAAUUGCAGGGUUGGAAGGGAACCCCAGGAGUCAUCUAGUCCAGCCCCGGUGGACAGCAGGCGCGAUCCAUCCCGUUGCGCAAGGCUAAAGAGGAAGCCAAGGCAGCAAGCGGGAUGGAUCGCGCUCGCUGCCUUGUCUUCUUCUUUAGCUGCGCUGGAGAGGUUUAGCUCCUGGCUGGAGAGGUUGCGCGGCUAUGGAUCCCGCUCGCUGUCUUGGCUUCUUUGCUCUUUGGGGCUGGGGGGGGGGAUAAUAUUUUUUUCCUUGAUUUCCCCCUCUAAAAACUGUGGUCCGGUGCGUCCAAUAGAGCGAAAAAUACAGUAAAUCUCCCCUGGUGGCCCAAGCACACGUGGGCUCUGGCUACUGCAGAGAAAAUAACUGCCAAAUAGCAGAAAACCACAAUUGCCAUCUGACCCAAUUCAGCGGCAAAGCAGAGGGGUCAAGAGGAAGUGUGGAAAAGCCCUAGGCUUGCAGAAGAGGGGUUUGGAAUGGGUGAAGUUUUGAGAAGGGCUGCUCUAUCCCUGCAUCUCUCGCCUCUUGGGCUGACCUCACUAUCUCUUUGAUGCUAGACUGGUACAUCCCAGGUUGGAUCCUGCCUUAGCCCUUCCUCCUCCUCUUCCCACUUCUCCCUGAGACCUCAAGGUGAGAAGUCAGGCUGGGACUCCCAAGGAAAGGAGAGGAGGCUGAGAGAUCGCUCCACAAGGGAGGGUGUUUGAGAAAAGGUGAGGGGCUGCCAGCUCUGCAGGCAAGGGGGGACCUAACUGGGAUCCUGAGCCCCACAGGGGUGCUGCAGAUGAAGGUAGUUGAUCCAUGGAGCCGUGGGGCCAAAAAGGCUGAAAACCUCUGUACUUUUAUUUCCUCCAGGAAACUACUUUGCUAUUCUAGCAAGGCCACUGGGCGCAAGAAGCCAUUGUGAUUUUCAUCUCUCUGUGUGUCUCAAUCAAAGCUGAGUUUUCCCUUUUCUCUUUAGAGAGAGAUCUGUCGCCGCCUGGAGAUUCUGAGGAAAGAGAGAGGGGAAAUUCUGGCCCAUCAAGCAGCCCUGGACAAGGAAAGCAAAGACCUCCUUGUAAGUGUCUCUGUUGUUACUAGACAGGGAACAAGCACUUGAGACCUCCGGCUACAGGGCAGUAUAUAAAUUCAAUAAAGAAGAAUAAGAAGAAGAAGAAUUGAGUCAGGACUGAGAAGUGAUGGGGAAAUCUGCCCAUUUCGGCUUCUCCUCAUUUCUCUUUUUUCCACAUCAGCCUGUUAUGAAUCAGAUGUUAGGGUAGCUACCUCCUUGUAUAAAUAUUCUGAUCUGUACUUUACCCUCAUAAAUACAUUUUUUGUGAAUAUUACCUGGCUGGGUCAAGCUUGAAAAUAUCAGAAUUUUAAAACUCUGUUUUGGUCUCCAUAUUUUUUCAGCAAGAGCAAAUUAGGCAAGUUCACCUUUGAAUGCAGCUAAAUUGAGUUUAUUUCCCCUUGUCAUUUAUUAUGUGAAUAGCAGUCAAGGAGAAGCCUGAGGACUUGUGAGCUGAAAGGGUGGAAGCAAUUCAAACCAAAUCCUGAUUUACCAUAGAUUCUACUAAAGAAUUGUCUUUCUAAAUGUGCGCUCUUGUUCAUUUUUAGGAAACUCAGGCCAUUUUGAACCUUUACAGAAAACAGGGGAGCUAUGGGGAUGAACUCUGCACUUUGUUCUCCUCUGUUUCUGUUCCUUCCUACACCCCAGUCUAAACUGAGGGGUGUUUUAUGUCCCUGGAUGUUCUCUGAACAGCUUAGAACUCUGGUUAUGCCAUGCCCCAAAACAUGCAGGGAAAAUCCAUGGCUAGGAAAAAAGAGCUCCUUCCUUUAGGCUGUAUCCGUCUGCAAAAUAGAAGUCAACAGAAACAGCAAUGGAGAGGCCUCCCCUCAAAAUAAAGGUUUACUUCUUUAGCCACUGGAGGUUUCAUGUCUAUAGAAAAAUCAGAAGUGUCCUCCCUGUGGAAUUCUCAAAAUUUUGUUUCUGCUGUUUCGAGGCUAAGCACCAAACACACUCAGACCUCCUCUUUUCUUGCAGAAAUUAACAGAAACAGAGCGGUUGAAGAUUGUGGAGAAGUUCAGAGAACUGCGCCAGUUCCUGGAAGAACAAGAAAAAGGUCUGCUGAAUCACAUGGAAGAGGUGGAGAAGGAGAUUGCAGGGAGAAGGGAUGAGCAGCUGGCCAGACUCUCCAGGAAACUCUCCUCUCUUGAGAGGAUCAUCCAGGAGAUGGAGGAGAAGAGUCAGCAGCCAGCGAGUGAACUCCUGCAGGUAAGACGGUGGCAGAAACAGCCCAAGGCUCCAGGAAAAGGCUGCCUCCCAUCCUUCAUGUGUCUCUUUCAUGUAUGCAAGAAGUGCAGGGGCUCAGAUGAUGGAGCCUCUAGUCAGGUAUCUAAUGGACAGGAAGACCCAAGAGACCUGGGAUGCUUAACUCACCUGAAUGCAGACUAGAGAUUCUUCUGUGUUCUUGAUGGAACAGAGGUGGUUUUCUGUUCUUUGCUGAUGAUUUGUCUCCAAUUUCUUUCUUCUUGAAAAUGCUGCCUUCCUGCCCUGGGCUGGGCUUCAGCGAGGACAGAGGGACUCAUCCAGACUGCUGUUUGUCCCACCCCUUUCCUCCAGGAAAACCGUCUCUUUACUGCUGAAUGAGAGCAAACCUCAGCCAGGUUUUCUCCAGAUUGACGUUUGCUUAGAUGUUGAACUAAGGAGCAGGUUUUCCCUGAGGGAAAGCGGAAGGGCAAAGGCAAAACCACUUGGACCUGUGGUUUCUGGGCACAGGAAAAGCAGAAGUGUGGAUGAGCCCAAAGAAACACUGAGCUGUUUUAUUACCCCUUUGGAGGCAUUUUAUGCUGCAGGUGCUUUUUUAUUUCCAGUUGGAAAGUAGAAUUUGAAAUUUGGGGACUUCUGUGGAAGACAACUUGGGACAGUUCCCUGGUAGGAUUAACUUGUAGGCUUCCUUACGUCUGAAUUGCACAAUGCAAAUGGGAUUAAAGUUAAUAAAUUAUAAUCUAAGACAAGAGAUGGGAUGGAAUCUUCUCCUGAACCCACAAAUAUUAAAUUUCCCUAAAAUGCUGGUGGAUUUUCAUAAGGAUUCUUAAAAAAUAAUUGUAAACAGAUGUGGAAAUGUGGAGAACUUGAUACUGGAAAAAUUAAUAAUUUCAGAUUGGAGAAAUAAAAGCUGUGAGAAACCAAAACUUUUUGAUUCCACCAUCCCUGCCCACAACCUUGCCAUGUGCCAGGCAGACUGACAUCUGAGGGCCAGGGUCUGAGGGGGUCUCCCUAGUGUGGCCUGUGGUGUGCAGUGAAUUCCCUUCUCUUUUCCCCUCUAGGAUGUGAGAAGCACCUUGCAGAGGUAAGUGGAGCCUGCUCAUUUCCAUUAGCCUCACUCCAUGAGGCCGGGAUGCAAAAACCUCAGACAUAGCCCUCCAGGGGCUGCAGGGGGGAGACUGUAGGACUCACUCCCUGAGGCAUCUCACAGGUAAAAGCAGGGCCCCCUCUUCUGAACUUGUAGCCCCCCAAUUCUCCCUCCAAGGAUCAAGGUCAGCUGCCUCCUUCCUCCCUCCCCACAUCACUUAACACAGGGAUGGGGGCUCUUUUCUUUCUCUUCCACCUUCUGUUCAUUGACUUUGGUAAUUUCAAACAUGUAGAAGAGAAAGUGCCAAAGAUCCCUGGGAACAGCUUAGGACGUACCAAUAUCUUUCCACGUCCCACUGGAAGCCCCCCAACUCAGCCCCUUUGAGGCACUUAGGGAGGGAAAGUCUGUUUGUCUAGAAUGGGUUGGCUCUUUUUCUUGGGAGUGUUUCCAAUGUGAGAGGCUGAAGGUGGUCUUGAGUGGGGGGUGAAAGUCAGGUUGUUUGAUGCCUCUGGAGGGAGAGUCCCAUGGGGCAUGGGGUUGCACACUUCCUGUGUGAGAGAGGGGGUGCAGGGAGGGUGGAGGUUGUUCUCCUUGACCGCUUGGCAGCUUUUGACAUCACUAACUAGCCAGUGUGGUGUAGUGGUUAAGAGCGGUGGACUCGUAAUCUGGUGAACCGGGUUCGCGUCUCCGCUCCUCCACAUGCAGCUGCUGGGUGACCUUGGGCCAGUCACACUUCUCUGAAGUCUCUCAGCCCCACUCACCUCACAGAGUGUUUGUUGUGGGGGAGGAAGGGAAAGGAGAAUGUUAGCCACUUUGAGACUCCUUAGGGUCAUGAUAAAGCGGGAUAUCAAAUCCAAACUCUUCUCUUCCUCUUCUUCUUAACAUCCUCUAGAGAGGCACAGGGAGGGAGGGAUUGCAGGCACUCCAUUUCAGGGGUUUGGCCCUUACGUCCUGGGACCUUCUCAGAAAGUUGUUAUGGGGCAGCAGAGUUUGAAGCCAUGGGAGCCCUCCGGUGAUGUCGCACAGGGUUGCCUCUUGUCCCUUGUGCUGUUUAGCAUCCUUACGAAGCCAUUGGCCAGGGCUUGGAGGUGGGUGUCAACAGAUCAUGUUGAAUUACCUGUUGGGAAAUAAACUUCAACUUUGUUCAUGUUAUUGAGAUCUCCUGCAAUAAUUAGGGAGACGGGGCCACAAUGGGGCCAUUCAUUGUUUUUCUUUUCACCAGGUAUGAGAAAAGAGAGAGUCCGGAGAACCCACUGCCUUUCCCUCCAGAGCUGAGGAACAGGAUCUUGGAAUCCUGUGAUCUAAAUCACCUUGUGGAGGAUGCAAUGAAACAAUGGAAAGGUAAUGAAAAAUGGCUGCCAGGAUUUCACAGUGGGAAUUCUAUUAUUUCUUCAGAACUGAACAUGCCAGGCUCUUACUGCAUGGAAUUUAAUAACCCCAGGAUACCUUCCUUCUUGGUGCCACAGCCUUCAUUUCCUGUCCCCUAGAAUGGCCCGUCUAUAUUGUGACCCUGGAUCCUGUAAAGAAAGCCUGUAUCUGUUUUCAGUUAUACAGAACCUCCUUUUCCUUUUGGUUACCAGUCUACACAAUCUGGGGUUGUCCUGCUCUGAAUGGAGUCAAUUCAAGGAUGCUACAUUAUGAAGUGUUACUUUUGUAUGGAGAUUUAUUUCAGGUGGAAGAGUGUUGCCCUUACACUUUAUAUCUUUUUGCUUCCUCAGAUGCUGUGUUAUACAGAAAACAGUUUCAGAAAGGUAAAUUUCCAGGGGAGGAACAAUUUGACAGGAGGGAUGGGGACUGAUAUUUCAUGGGUGUUCCUGUCCAUUCUGCAGACUUUGGGACCCCCAUCAAUGGCGUCACUCUGGGUAACAGUCCUCUAGUGGUGUUUGGGUUCUUUGUCUGUCCCAUGAAUGAACUGGGAGGGAGGUUGAAGGCUUGGAUUGGGGGCAGAGCUUGUCCCUGCAAACAACCUGAACACCAGUCUGAGUUCCAUUCCUGCCUAUAGACUAGUAUCCUGGUUUCACCCUCGAUUUUACAGAUUUUGCUUUCUUUCAUAAAAUGUAUAUACUGCUCAAUUGUGGCGGAAAUCCUCAGAGCCUUACAAUGUCUUACAAAACCCUUAAGAAAAAUCCUGCAGGGUCAGUCCAGUGUCCCUGUUUUCGAGGUCUCAUGUAUAGGGAACCUCCCUUGCAUUUUGUUUUCCCUCCACACAAUCUGGAGAGGUUCUUUUGCGGCUUCUCUAGAUUUGCUUGCAUUUCCCCCUCGUGAAGUGUGUUAAAAGGGGCACCCGCAAGCACCCAGUCCCUCCUCCACCUCCUGCCCAGGCUGGUCUCCCAGCAGCAGAGCAAGGCCUGAGCUGCCUCCUCCUCAGUUUCAACCUCAUCAGCCAUCCCCAUCUCCUGAGACUUCCCACUGUUCUUAUGAGAUCAGCCCCAUUCCAUGAGAGACGACUUCCCAUUGCACGAGACCCUUGGAAGUACAUGGCAAAGCUCUGCAGCUUCUUCCUCUGCAAUCUGGUUUGUCAGCAUGCUUGGAAAUUCCGCUUUCAAUAGCUUUUCCCCACCAGUUUACUUGGCGCAGAUGUUAACCUUCCUCCAGCCAUUCAGUUCAGAUCCCCAUUUCAUUCAUGGAUUCUGAAUGAUUGUAUUCCACCAUUUUCUAGUAUGGUUUACCAUUUCUGAUUUCCCCAUGGAGUCAUGGAAUAGUAGAGUUUGAAAGGAUCUUAAGGGUCAUCUAGUCCAUGGGUAGGCAAACUAAGGCCUGGAUCUGGCCCAAUCUUCUAAAUCUGGUCCGCAGACUGUCCGGGAAUCAGCGUGUUUUUACAUGAGUAGAAUGUGUCCUUUUAUUUAAAAUGCAUCUCUGGGUUAUUUGUGGGGCAUAGGAUUUUGUUCACCCCCCCCAAAAAAAAAUAGUUCGGCCCCCCACAAAGUCUGAGGACAGUGGACCGGCCCCCUGCUGAAAAGAAUUGCCUACCCCUAAUCUAGUCCAACCCCCUGCAAUGCAGGAAUAAUAGUUAAACACAUUAGUUGUUUUAAUUCCUUAGGCCUACAGUUGUUGUCUUUCAAUUACUUGUUUUAUGAUGUCAUCUUUUGCUUGAAAUAAGGAAACAACAGAUGCUAUGUUAUGGUGAUGUUUUGUAAAAAGAUUUUCUUUGAACUAUUGCACUGUAGACCAUUAAGCCUAUAUUUUUGCUUCCUCAGAUGUCCAGUCACUCAGAAGUCUCCAGAGAGGUAAAAUUCACAUGGAGACCCCAGUUCACGGGGGGACGGGACGACUAGUGUUUCAUGGGGGGUCAAGAGUCUCUUCUGUACAGUUCAGAACCAUCCACAGCUUGACUCUAGCCCUGCUGUUUGUGCCACAAAGGCAGAGAGGGUGGACUUGAAGGGGGGAGAGAAACUUCCCAGAAGGAUCAGGCGGAGGAGGGAAGAGUUUUACUCCUGGCUAGAGAGAGUUGGGUUGCUUUUCCAUCAUGUGACCUUUUUCAGGCCUGGUUGCCAUGUGUCCUCUUUUUCCUAGCCAUGUCUUCUAUUUUCAUGAUCAAAAUUUCUUAAAAUUUGUAUCGGGGCAGAUUUUUAAAAUUUGGCAGAAUGUCCCCAAGUUUUAUUUUGUUGUUUUUUGGUUUACAAGAACCCAUGAAAAUUUUAAUAUUGCAUUAGAGCAGGCAUAGGCAACCUCAACCCUCCAGAUGUUUUGGCACUACAAUUCCCAUCAUUCCUGACCACUGGUCCUGUUAGCUAGGGAUCAUGGGAGUUGUAGUCCGCAAACAUCUGGAGGGCCGAGGUUGCCUAUGCCUGCAUUAGAGUCAGAUCUAAGGCACCCAGUUAGGCUAAUCUGCAGCAGAGAAUCACAACAAAGCUGCAUCUUAAGCUAGCGACAUACUGUAAAAAUCCCUUCUCUUGUGGCUGAACCAAAAGGACGCUGGCUCAGCUACAAGAUCUUGGAGGAGGAGUCCGGGAGGGCAAGAGUUAAGACCCCCCUGCCCUUAAGGAGAGUCCACAUGCAGAUGUUCAACAGGUUAAUAAAUUGUUCUGUGCACACUUACAUUCAGAAAGAUGUGAACAUGUGCCCAGAGAUUUCAUGUGGCAAAUGAGGGAGCUAUAUGUAUUCUUAUUCUUCUUUUGUUGUUGAAAGUUAAGAACAUUGCUACUAGCAAUAUAUCACAGCUUCUAUAGCCUACAUAUAGUAGUGGUAUUUCAGAGGAGAGUCGUCAUAGCGAACCAUGGUUAAAGUCAAAGUUGGCCAAUGUGUCCUCUUUCUUGCUCUUCAAAAUAGGGCAGCCCUAUACUUGCCUAUCAUGACUGUCUCAGCCCCAAACUUGUAACCUUUUGAGUUAUUCCCCGCUUCUCUCAGGGAACUAGUCUUAAGGUAUAUAUGAAAUCCCAAAGAGAAGCAUGGAAUAAGCAGUCCUUUGUAAAAUUGCCCUGCCACCUGCCUCCUCUUCCCUGGCGGCAAGCCCUGAACUUCCAAGAUGGUUGGGAGGAAGGCAAGGAGAGACCAAGUGGGUGAGAGAGAUGGAGGGCAGGAAUAAACAGGCUCCCCAUUUAACACGAUUUUCACUUUUGUGCACGAGGGCCCAGAACAUAACCCAUGCAAAAGUGAGGGGAAGCCUAUAUGUGGUUUUGUGUUGUAUUUUUAUGCUGUGGACCACCCUGAGAGUUAUAGAUGAAGGGCAGUAUGCAAAUGUUGAUAUUAUUAUUAUUAUUAUUAUUAUUAUUAUUAUUAUUAUUACUAUUACUAUUACUACUACUACUACUAUUGCUGCUGGGGGUCCUCAUUCCCCAUCCCAACCCAGAGGUCCCCAAAGGCCAAUUCCCACAGAGAUUGUCAGAGGAAAGCAGCUUCUCUCCUCUCCUGCCUCCUCCAAUUCUCCUCUCUUUCCCCUUAGAUAACACAAAAGAGCUGAGUAAAAGGUUUCCUGGGUGGUUUUUCCUCUUAGAAAAUGCCUUGGUUGGAAGGAGGGCCGGCACAAUGUGCAUUGAAUAUAAGAAAGUGAAGGAAACUGAUUUAAAAAUCAACAAGGAAGAUAUUUAUUCUGAUGAGAAUCUGCAAGGAGGAGUCUCAGUCUUGCAUGCGAUGCAAAUAAAUCCCCUUGAUCUAAAAGGGAAUCUGGGUUUUUGGGGUGUUUCUUGGAUUAGGAUGUCCAUCUCUGUCUCUCUGCGGACUCUGCCUGAUCUUCUCUCUCCCUCAACUUCUCCCCAACAGCAAAUGUCACUCUGGAUCCAGACACAGCCCAUCCCCGACUCAUCCUGUCCAAGGAUCGGAAAAGCCUGAGAAAGGGAGACAAACCUCAAGCCCUGCCUGACAAUCCUGAGAGAUUCAGCGACUAUUUUUGUGUGUUGGGACGUGAGGGAUUCACAGCAGGCAGACAUUUCUGGGAAGUCACUGUGGGAAGUGGGAGACGGUGGGCUGUGGGGGUCGCCAGGAAGUCUGUGGAGAGAAAGGGCAGCUUCUCCUUUAGACCUGAGGGAGGGAUCUGGGCUGUGGGGAAGUGGGGAGGGGAGUACUUUGCCUGGACAUCCCCUGAUCUCUCUCCUCUGUCCCUGAGUGAGGAGCCCAGGAGGAUCCGGGUGACGCUGGACUAUGAAGGGGGACGUGUGUCUUUUUCUGACGCCGACUCAGGAGCCGAACUCUACACGUUCUCAGGAGCCUCGUUCUCUGGAGAGACCCUCCUCCCUUUCUUUUGUCUGGGGGGAGAUUAUAAAACCCACCUCAGUAUCUCCUGA